AUUUUAUCGAUCACUCCAGUCGUAGAAUUAAUACUAAUAAUCUAUAUAUAUAUAAAAUGAGCACAUCUAAUAAAGAUAUUGCCUUGUCCAUCAUACACUUCUUGAAGAAGUCUGUUUCUAACAAUGCUAUUGCUGAGGAUUAUGCUGAAUCAAUGGACGUCGCCAUUGACUGUAUCGCUGAUGCCUUUGAAGUCAACAAGGAUGAUGACUCUAAAAUUGUUGAAUCCAAGUUCAACGGUAAGUCUUUGGGCGAGUUAGUUCAAUCUGCCUUGAGCGCUUCGUCUGCUUCUGAAUCCGCUGCUUCAACUUCUUCCGCUUCCACUGCUGCUCCUUCUGCUGAAGAUCAAGCUGCUGCCGAUAAAUUGAAGGCUGAAGGUAACAAGGCUAUGGCUGUUAAGGACUUCCAAGAAGCUAUUGCUAAGUACACUGCUGCUAUUAAGUUGAACCCAACUAAUGUUGUCUAUUUAUCUAACAGAGCUGCCGCUUACUCUCAAGCUGCUGAUUACGAGAAGGCUAUUAAAGAUGCAGAAGAUGCCAUUAAGUUGGAUUCCAAGUUCUCUAAGGCUUACUCUAGAUUAGGAUUGGCCAGAUAUGCCAAUGGUGAUGCCAAGGGUGCUAUGGAAGCCUACAAGCAAGGUUUGGAAGUUGAAGGUGACACCAAGUCUGAAGCUAUGAGCAAGGGUUUCGAAACCGCUCGUCGUAGAGUUGAAGAAGACCUCGAGAAGUCUAUCCCAAGUGACUCUGUUCAAACUCGUGAAGCUCCAGCUGCAGAUGCUGGUGCUGGUGCCGGUGCUGGUGCUGGUGGUAUGCCUGAUUUCAGCAGCAUGUUUGGAGGAUCCGGUGGUAUGCCAAACUUGUCUGAAAUGAUGAACAACCCUCAAAUCAUGAAGGCUGCUCAAGAUCUUAUGUCUAACCCAGGUGCCUUGCAAGGUUUGAUGAACAACCCACAAGUUCGUAACAUGGCCCAAAACAUGGGUUUGGGUGGCGAAAAUGGUCCAGAUCUUUCUGAGUUAAUGAACAACCCAAUGUUGAAGAGCAUGGCCAACCAAUUCAUGGGUGGUGGUGCUGGUGGUGCUGGUGGUGCCGGUAAUGGUGAUUCUAGUGCUUAGAUCUAGUAACGAUAAUUUUACACCUUUUUUAUGGUUCAAUGAUUUAUAUUUCUAUAAUGA